GCAGGGAUCCUGUACGACACCUACCCGCUGUCGGAGGAAACCUGGCACACGCAUCAGUUCGCCUUCAUCAAGGACCAUGCCUUCCGCUUGCUGCAGCCUGGUGGGGUCCUCACCUACUGCAACCUGACCUCCUGGGGGGAGCUGCUGAAGACCAGGUACACCGACAUCGAGAAGAUGUUUGAGGAGACCCAGGUAGGGCACCUGGUGGAGGCUGGGUUCAGGAAGGAGAACAUCAGCACGACGGUGAUGGAGCUGGUCCCCCCCAAGGACUGCAGGUACUACUCCUUCCACAAGAUGAUCACCCCAUCCAUCGAGACCCAGGUAGGGCACCUGGUGGAGGCUGGGUUCAGGAAGGAGAACAUCAGCACGACGGUGAUGGAGCUGGUCCCCCCCAAGGACUGCAGGUACUACUCCUUCCACAAGAUGAUCACCCCAUCCAUCGUUAAGCACUGA